AUAAAAACCCCUCGGAGGACGCCCCUUUCCCUCUGGACAUCAUGUGGAGGCAGCUGGUGUGGAUUUUGCUGGUCCUGAGCCGGAUCCCCGAAACCCGAGCUCAAGAUGAUGUAGCCCCUUAUUUCAAGACGGAGCCAGUGCGGACACAGAUGCACCUGGAAGGGAACCGCCUGGUGCUGACGUGCAUGGCCGAGGGCAGCUGGCCGCUGGAGUUCAAGUGGCUCCACAACAGUCGGGAACUCACUAAAUUCUCGCUGGAGUACAGGUACAUGAUCACCAACCUGGACCGUACCCACGCGGGCUUCUACCGCUGUAUCGUGCGCAACCGCAUGGGUGCACUGCUGCAGCGACAGACGGAGGUGCAGGUGGCCUACAUGGGGAAUUUUGAGGACACGGAGAAGCGCCAGAGUGUGGCCCAUGGAGAAGCCGCGGUCAUCCGUGCCCCGCGCAUCGCCAGCUUUCCCCGGCCUCAGGUCACAUGGUUUCGGGAUGGCCGCAAGAUUCCACCCAGCAGCCGCAUAGCCAUCACCCUGGACAACAUGCUGGUCAUUCUGUCCACGGUGGCCCCCGACGCCGGCCGCUACUAUGUGCAGGCUGUGAACGACAAGAACGGAGACAACAAGACCAGCCAGCCUGUCACCCUCACUGUGCAGAAUGUGGGGGGCCCCGCGGACCCCAUCGCACCCACCAUCAUCAUCCCUCCCAGAAAUACCAGCGUGGUGGCCGGGACCUCCGAGGUGACCAUGGAAUGUGUGGCCAAUGCCAGGCCCUUGAUCAAGCUGCACCUGAUCUGGAAGAAAGAUGGGCAGGCCCUGAGCAGCGGUAUCAGCGACUUCAGCCGCCGCCUCACCAUCCCCAGCCCCGGGGCCAGCGACUCCGGCUACUAUGAGUGCGAGGCCGUCCUGCGCAGCAGCAGUGUCCCCUCUGCUGUCAGGGGCGCUUACCUCUCCGUGCUGGAGCCUCCUCAGUUCACCAAGGAGCCUGAGAGACACAUCACAGCCGAAAUGGAGAAGGUGGUGGACAUCCCCUGUCGGGCUAAAGGGGUGCCCCCGCCCUCCAUCACCUGGUACAAGGACGCGGUAGCCGUGCAGGUGGGGCAACAUGAUCGCAUCCAGCAGCGUGGAGACGGGGCGCUGCACAUCAGUGGGCUGGUCCCCCACGACACUGGCGUGUUCCAGUGCUUCGCACGCAAUGCAGCUGGCGAGGUGCAGACGUCCACCUACCUGGGGGUCACCAGUAUUGCCCCCAACAUCACCCGGGGCCCCCUGGACAGCACUGUGAUUGAUGGUGUGUCCGUAGUAUUGGCCUGUGAGACAUCCGGAGCACCCCGGCCGGCCAUCACUUGGCAGAAAGGCGAGCGCAUUCUGGCUAGCGGCUCAGUGCAGCUGCCUCGAUUUACCCUGCUGGAGUCGGGGAGCCUCCUUAUCAGCCCCACGCGCCUCUCGGACGCUGGCACCUACACCUGUUUGGCCAGCAACUCCCGGGGCGUCGACGAGGCCUCGGCUGACCUGGUGGUAUGGGCCCGGACCCGCAUCACCAAGCCUCCCCAGGACCAGAGCGUCAUCAAAGGCACCCAGGCCUCCAUGGUGUGUGGCGUGACCCAUGACCCCCGAGUGACCAUCAGGUUCGUGUGGGAGAAGGAUGGAGCCCCCCUGGGCCUGGAGAGUAACCCCCGCAUCCGCCUGGACAAGAACGGCUCCCUGCACAUCUCCCAGACGUGGUCAGGAGACAUUGGAACUUACAGCUGCCGCGUGCUGUCUUCGGGGGGCAAUGACUCCCGCAGCGCCCAUCUGCGGGUCAGGCAGCUGCCCCAUGCGCCCGAGCACCCUGUGGCGACCCUAAGCCCAGUGGAGCGACGAGCCAUCAACCUAACAUGGGCCCGGCCCUUCGACGGCAACAGCCCGCUCAUGCGCUACGUGCUGGAGAUGUCAGAGAAUAAUGCUCCCUGGACGGUGCUCCUAGCCAGUGUUGACCCAGAGGCGACCUCGGUGUUGGUCAAGGGCUUGGUUCCAGCACGCUCCUACCAGUUCCGCCUUUGUGCAGUCAACGAUGUGGGGAAGGGACAAUUCAGCAAGGACACGGAGAGGGUCUCCCUGCCUGAGGAGCCCCCCACGGCCCCCCCACAGAACGUCAUUGCCAGCGGCCGCACCAACCAGUCCAUCAUGAUCCAAUGGCAGCCGCCCCCCGAGAGUCACCAGAACGGUCUGCUCAGGGGCUACAUUAUCAGGUAUUGCCUAGCCGGCCUGCCAGUGGGGUACCAGUUCAAGAACAUCACGGACGCGGACGUGAACAACCUGCUCCUGGAAGAUCUCAUCAUCUGGACCAACUAUGAGAUCGAGGUGGCCGCCUACAACAGCGCGGGGCUGGGUGUCUACAGCAGCAAAGUGACCGAGUGGACUCUACAGGGAGUGCCCACUGUCCCCCCGGGGAACGUGCAUGCAGAAGCCACCAAUUCCACAACCAUUCGCUUCACCUGGAGCGCCCCGAGUCCCCAGUUCAUCAACGGCAUCAACCAGGGCUACAAGCUCAUGGCCUGGGAGCCGGCUCAGGAGGAGGAGGUGACGUUGGUGACUGCGCGGCCCAAUUUCCAGGACAGCGUCCACGUGGGCUUCGUGCCGGGGCUGAAGAAGUUCACGGAAUACCUCACCUCAGUGCUCUGCUUCACCACACCGGGGGACGGCCCCCGCAGCGCCCCACAGCUAGUGCGCACACACGAGGAUGUGCCCGGGCCUGUGGGACACCUGAGCUUCAGUGAGAUCCUGGACACGUCGCUCAAGGUCAGCUGGCAGGAGCCGGGAGAGAAGAAUGGGAUCCUCACAGGGUACCGAAUCUCGUGGGAGGAGUACAACCGCACCAACACGCGUGUCACCCACUACCUCCCCAAUGUCACCUUGGACUACCGUGUCACCGGCCUCACGGCGCUUACCACCUACACCAUCGAGGUGGCUGCCAUGACGGCCCAGGGCCAGGGCUCCGUGUCCGCCUCCACCAUCUCCUCUGGGGUGCCACCAGAGCUCCCCGGGGCACCCACCAACCUGGGUGUGUCCAACAUUGGGCCACGAUCAGUCACCCUGCAGUUCGGGCCUGGCUAUGACGGGAAAACGUCCAUCUCCCGCUGGCUGGUGGAGGCACAGGUGGGCACAGUGGGGGAGGGGGAGCACUGGCAGCUCAUCCACCAGCUCCCUGGCGUGCCUGAUGCCCGCUCUAUGGAGGUGCCUGGCCUGAACCCCUUCACCUAUUACAGCUUCCGCAUGCGCCAGGUGAACAUCGUGGGCACCAGUCCCCCCAGCCAGCCUUCCAGAAAGAUCCAGACGCUCCAGGCCCCACCAGACAUGGCCCCGGGGAAUGUAACUCUGCGCACGGCCAGUGAGACCAGCUUGUGGCUGCGGUGGAUGCCCCUCCCGGAGCUGGAGUACAACGGGAACCCCGAAUCUGUGGGCUACAAGAUCAGGUACAGCCGUGCAGACGGGCGCGGGCGGACGCUCAGCCAUGUUGUGGCAGACCGAGAGGAGCGCGAAUUCACCAUUGAGGAUCUGGAGGAGUGGACCGAGUACCGUGUGCAGCUCCAGGCACUCAACGCCAUCGGGGGUGGGCCCUGGAGCCCCCCCGUGGUGGCCCGCACGCGGGAGUCAGUUCCAUCUUCCGGCCCCACCAACGUAUCUGCGCUGGCCACCACAUCCACUAGCAUGUUGGUCCGCUGGAACCAGAUCCCCGAGGCUGACCGCAACGGACUGGUGUUGGGAUACAAGGUGGUGUAUAAGGAGAAGGAUGCAGAUGCACAACCACACUUCUGGCUGGUGGAAGGAAAUGCAUCUCGCAGCGCCCAGCUUGUGGGCCUGGGCAAAUAUGUCUUGUAUGAGGUGCGGGUUCUGGCCUUCACUCGUGUUGGUGACGGCGUGCCCAGCCGCCCACCCGUUCUGGAGCGCACACUGGAUGAUGUUCCAGGACCCCCCAUGGGCAUCCUGUUCCCGGAAGUAAGGACCACCUCUGUGCGGCUAAUCUGGCAACCCCCCGCUGCCCCCAACGGCAUCAUCUUGGCCUACCAGCUCACCCACCGGCUCAACGCCACGGCGGCCAACACGGCGGCGGUGGAGGUGCUGGCGCCCAGCGCCCGGCAGUACACGGCGUCGGGGCUCAAGCCCGAGUCCGUCUACCUGUUCCGCAUCACGGCCCAGACGCGCAAGGGCUGGGGGGAGGCGGCCGAGGCCUUGGUGGUGACCACGGAGAAGAGGGCUCGCCCGCAGCCCCCCGGCAGGCCGUCUGUGCGUCAGGAGGACGUGGGGGCGCGCCGCGUGCUGCUGUCCUGGGAGUCGGGGGGCGACGGGCUCUCCCCUGUGCGCUACUACACGGUCCAGAUGCGGGAGCUGCCGGCCGGACGCUGGACGCUGCACUCGGCCUCCGUCAGCCACAACGCCUCGGCCUUCCUGGUAGACAGGCUCAAGCCCUUCACGUCCUACAAGUUCCGGGUGAAGGCGACCAACGACAUCGGAGACAGCGAGUUCAGUGAGGAGUCGGAGCCACUCACUACCCUGCAGGCGGCCCCCGACGAGGCGCCCACCAUUCUCUCCGUGACGCCGCACACCACCACGUCGGUGCUGAUCCGAUGGCAGCCUCCUCCCACAGACAAAAUCAAUGGCAUCCUCCAGGGGUUCCGGAUCCGCUACCGAGAGCUGCACAACAACGAACUGAGGGGCUUCACGCUGCUGCGGGGUGCCCACAGCCCUGGGGCCAAGUGGGCAGAGCUGACCUCCUCCUUCUCUGUAAGGAACCUGAGCCGGCCCGGUCUCACACACUAUGAGCUGGACGACCUGAACAAGCACCAGCGGUACGAGAUACGCAUGAGCGUGUACAACGCGGCUGGCGAGGGGCCCUCCAGUGCCCCCCACGAGGUCUUCGUGGGGGAGGCAGUGCCCACGGCCGCGCCCCGCAACGUGGUGGUCCACGGGACCUCUGCCACCCAGCUGGACGUGACCUGGGAGCCUCUCCCGCUGGAGAACCAGAACGGAGACAUCCAGGGCUACAAGAUCUACUUCUGGGAGGUUGAGCGGCGGAACCUCAGCGAGCGACUGAAGACGCUUUUCCUGGCAGAGAACAGCGUGAAGCUGAAAAACCUAACGGGGUACACGGCAUACGCGGUCAGCGUGGCCGCCUUCAACGCAGCUGGCGAUGGGCCCCGCAGCGCCCCUACCCAGGGCCGCACUCAGCAAGCAGUGCCCAGCGCACCCGGCACACUCCGGUUCAGCGAGCUGACCACGACGUCCGUGAAUGUAUCCUGGGAGGCACCCCAGUUCCCCAACGGCGUCCUGGAGGGCUACCGGCUGGUGUAUGAGCCCUGCACCCCUGUGGAUGGCGUCAGUAAGAUUGUGACGGUGGAUGUGAAGGGUGACAGUCCCUUGUGGUUGAAGAUCAGGGACUUGGCCGAGGGCAUGACCUAUCGCUUUCGCAUCCGAGCCAAGACCUUCGCCUACGGGCCUGAGACGGAAGCCAAUGUCACCACAGGACCUGGAGAAGGUGCCCCUGGCCCUCCUGGGGUUCCCAUACUCGUGCGCUACAGCUCAGCCAUCGCCAUCCACUGGUCCAGCGGGGACCCUGGCAAAGGGCCCGUCACCCGAUACGUCAUCGAGGCCAGGCCUUCAGAUGAAGGGCUUUGGGACGUGCUCAUCAAGGACAUCCCCAAGGAGGUGACAUCCUACACCUUCAGCAUGGACAUCCUGCGGCCGGGCGUGAGCUAUGACUUCCGGGUCAUCGCUGUCAAUGACUAUGGCUUUGGCACCCCCAGCAGUCCCUCCCAGUCAGUGCCAGCCCAGAAGGCUGACCCCUUCUACGAGGAGUGGUGGUUCCUGGUGGUAGUUGCCCUGGCCGGCCUCAUCUUCAUCCUGCUCCUGGUCUUCGUGCUCAUCAUCCGCGGCCAGAGCAAGAAGUAUGCCAAGAAGGCAGACUCGGGAAGCAGUGCCAAGGCGGGGGCCCUGGGCCAUGGGGAGAUGCUGAACCUCGACGAGAGCAGCUUCCCCGCCCUGGAGCUCAGCAGCCGGCGGCUGUCGGUGAAAAACUCUUUCUGCCGCAAGAACGGGCUCUACACCAGGUCACCCCCCAGGCCCAGCCCUGGCAGCCUCCACUAUUCGGAUGAGGAUGUCACCAAGUACAACGACCUGGUCCCAGCUGACAGCAGCAGCUUCACCGAGAAGCCCUCCGAGAUCUCUGAUUCACAGGGAAGCGACAGUGAGUCCGAGCUGGAGCCGGGCCACCAGAAGGCCCACUCGUUUGUCAACCACUAUAUCAGUGACCCCACCUACUACAACUCCUGGAGGCGCCAGCAGCGGGGCAUGUCACGGGCUCAGUCAUCCAGCUACGGGGAGAGCGACACCACCCUGGAGCAGGAACACAUCACGCUUGCAGGCAGUGGCUGCCCCCCGCAGGGCAGCCUCUUUCGGCCCAAGGCCACUCGGACCCCCACACCCCAGAACCCGCCAAACCCCCAGAGCCAGCAGAACACCUUGUACCGGCCUCCCAGCAGCCUGGCCCCCGGUGCCCGGGCCCCUAUCGCAGGAUUCUCAUCAUUCGUUUGACGUGGGAAGAGAAAUCUGCUCCCCCCCCAGCACCCCCACUCCACCACUGCUCCCCAAAUCCGGUCCACCCUCCUCAUGAAGAGCAAAGUAGAGAAACUGAGUCAACUGCCUGGCUGGUUCCCCAGGGGGACCAGGAAGAAGGAAGUGGAGGAAGAGCCCAGAGCAGCAGCGGUGGCCCAAGAGUGUGGCUCU